AUUCUCUGCAGCAUGUUUUCUGGGUGGAACUGGGUGGCCCAUGUCUUGUAUCUGCUCUGGAGUAUCUGUUCUCUUGGAGUUUCAGGUGGACUUGUGCAGUCAUGUGGUCACAUCAUCCCAGAGUCUCCUGUAUUGACCCUUGGUUCCAGUUUCACGGCAUUAUGCAUUUUGAAUGAGAGUUGUCUUGACUUUGGCAAUAUCUAUGCUAAUCAAAUUAUCUGGAAAACUAAAAAUAGAGUGGUACCUAAAGAACAGUAUCGUGAAAUAAACAGAACAGUUUCCAGUGUCACAUUUAAUGACACUUCUUCACUAGCUAAUCCUCUGACAUGCAACAUUUUAGCAGAUGGACAGAUUGAGCAGAACAUCUAUGGAAUUACAGUUACAGUAGGCUUGCCCCCAGAGAAGCCUAAGAACCUAAGCUGCAUUGUGUGUCAGGUGUCAAAACUUGCAUAUCCUAUGACUUGUACCUGGAACCCUGGAAGGCCUACAUUCCUGGACACUCACUUUAGGUUGAAGUACAGAUGGCCACAAGAGAACUUUCCUGACUGUAUACCAAAAGAUGUAAACAAUUCUUGUAUGAUUACUGAUGUUCAGUUCUUUGUUAACCUGGAGGUCUGGGUAGAAGCAGAAAAUGCUCUUGGGAAGGCUGAAUCUGAUCCUCUUGUACUUGAUCCCAUUGAGAUUGUUAAACCUCUGUCUCCACACAACUUAUCAGUCAACUCAGGAAUACUGCCUACUGUUCUGAAGCUUUCCUGGGAGAAUCGGAUUUCAGUUGCUGUGAUGAAGCUGAAAUUCAAUAUUCGCUAUAGGAUCGUUGGUGACACAAACUGGAUGCAGGUUCCUCCUGAAGAUACAGCCUCACCAAGAACUUCAUUCAGUGUUCAAGGGCUCAGACCCUACACAGAGUAUGUCUUUUCCAUUCGUUGCAUGAAGGAAGAUGGAGUGGGCUACUGGAGUGACUGGAGUGAAGAGAAAACUGGGGUCACCACUGAAGAUAAGCCAUCUAAAGGACCACCUGUAUGGAGGAGCAUUGUUGCAUCUCACUCACCAACUUUCUGGACUAUGCAUCUGAUGUGGAAGGCAUUGGACCCGUUUGAAGCCAAUGGAGUAAUCUUGCAGUAUGAAGUGACUGUCAGAUCUAAAUCAUCUCUCUCCAGUCUAGUAGAGAAAUAUAAUGUUACUACCACCAACCUUACAUUAAAGCUGCCAAAUGGAACUUAUGAAGUGACUGUGAUUGCCCAUAACAGAGUUGGGGCAUCCCCUCCAUCAGUUUUACUUAUCCCAGCAAGUAAUUCAAAAGCUCCUGUGAAGAGUGUUAGAACGCUACCUAAAGAUGGCAAGUUGUGGGUAGGGUGGACUGCUCCUAACAGUUAUGUUCUUAAAUAUGUGAUUGAAUGGUGUCUGGUGUCCAACAGCUCAGACUGCAUCAUAGAAUGGCAGAAUGAACCAGGAAAUGUUCAAGGAACAUACUUAAAAGGUGAUAUAAAGCCAUUCAAGUGUUACUUGAUAACUGUGUACCCCCUAUAUGCUGAUGGUCAGGGAAGUGGACAGUCUGUGAAGGCUUAUCUUCAGCAGGAUCGUCCUUCAAAAGGACCGACUGUUCAGACAAAAAAAGUAGGAAAAGCUGAAGCUGUUUUGACAUGGAACCAUCUCACAGUGGAUGAACAAAAUGGAUUUAUCAGAAGUUACACCAUAUUUUACAAAACUGUUGAUGGAAAUGAAACAGCUGUGACAGUGGAUCCUUCCAAGACAGAGUAUACCCUUUCUUCUCUAACCAGUGACACACUGUAUACUGUGAGGAUGAUGGCAUACACAGAUGAAGGAGGCAGGAGUGGCCCUGAUUUUACAUUUACUACACAAAAAUUUGGGAAAGGAGAAAUUGAAGCCAUAGUUGUACCUGUGUGUCUAGCAUUCCUGUUGAUUGUGCUCCUUGGAGUUUUGUUCUGCUUCAACAAACGUGACUUAAUUAAAAAGCAUAUCUGGCCUAUUGUCCCUGAUCCAUCCAAGAGUAACAUUGCUCAGUGGUCUCCUCAAGUUCCGGCUAAGCAUAACUUUAGUUCCAAAGAUCAGAUGUACCCAGAAGGCAGCUUUACAGAUGUAAGCGUUGUAGAAAUAGAAGCUGAUGACAAGAAGUCUUUUUCAGAACAAGAUCUAAAACCAUUUGACUUGCUUAAAAAGGAAAAAAGUACUUCAGAAGGGCACAGCAGUGGUAUUGGAGGAUCCUCGUGCAUGUCUUCUCCUAGGCAAAGCGUCUCUGACAGCGAUGAAGGUGAAACUACACAAAACACUUCAAGCACUGUACAAUAUUCAACUGUAGUACUUAAUGGCUACAGAGACCAAACACCUGUACAAGUCUUUUCAAGGUCUGAGUCAACUCAGCCACUACUAGAUUCAGAAGAGAGAUCAGAGGAUCAAGCUGGAGGAGGUGACAGUACAACCCAGAGGCAGCAUUACUUCAAACAAAAUGGUGGUCAGGAUGAAACCAACACAGACAGGCCGUGCUUUGAAAGAACAAAGCAAAUUAUUCAUGCUAAUGAGGGGGAUCUUGUUGGAUUUGCACAGUUGCAGAUCUCAGGUCAGAGUUCACAGCUGUUGGGCCUUGGGCUGGAAAAAAAUACCCAGGAAGCUGCUCUACCAGAUGUUUUACAGGCAAGUACUGAAGAACAAACUGUGAGAUCUGAAUCAGUGGAAGGAAACCCAGUGUUGGUUGAUGAAAUACCAAAAAGUUACCUCCCGCAGACUGUGAGACAGGGGGGCUAUAUGCCUCAGUAAGAGAAGAGACUGGCUCUGUUAGGCCUUCAUUAGUGCCUGUUCACACUUUCUCCUGUGUUUCUGAUAAAUUAAGCUAGGUAUUUUUAUCUGAAUGCAGAUAGAAGUACUGAAAUUAAGUGAUGAAUUUGACAAAGUACAGUAAGGACUGUGUGUUUGUUGAAAAUUUGCAGUCCAGACUUACACUUUUAUGCACUACAUAAAAUCUUAUGUCUGGAUAGCUGAAAAGCCUCUGUGCUACAUUGGGGAUUUUGUGUCUUGUCAUAGCAGAUUUACAUGUGAUUGAAAAUGGCAAGUUUCAGUUAAUCACAUCAGCCAAUAGACCUCCCAGAAGAAAUCGAUUUGUGACAGUGUACAAGCCUAAAAAGCCAGCUGUAGUUGCUUGGAGCAUCUUUGUGCAAAAGUAAGGCUGAAGCUUAGUAUUCUAAUAUGGAAGGAUACUUGUGUCAUAUACUUUUCAAUUGCUUGACUGACUUUCUGAAUUUUGAUUUUGCCCGGUGUCUCCAGUUUCCACCUUACCAGACAUGCAAAUCAUGUUUAACCCCAUUUAAAAAUUACAAAAAUUAAACAGAACUUGCUAUGGUGUGCCAGUAAGAAAACACCAUGAUUGCUUGACUCUGAAUGCUACUAUAGUAAUUGAUAUUCUGCUUACAUUAGAUAUGUGUGCAUAUGAACUAUAUAAUAAUUUGGCCUGAAAAUGUACCUUGCAACUUGACACACAGCAAUUCAGUCUCAUGUUCAAAAAUUUAGAAAUCCAGAUGAAAACACAGAUUAACAGUUAGUUAAAUGAUUUGUACCCAGAUCACUGAUUAUACCAUACCUCUCUGGUCAUACAAAUUGCCUUUGUUUAAUAAGUGCACCUUUGCUGUAUACAGCUUAAGAGGCAAGUAACAAGCUGUAAGUUUUUACCAUUUUUCUAACUGCUGAGGAGAAAAUGAAUAUGACCUUCCAGAUUGACUACAAUGAUUAGUGUGCUGUAACCUUGCUGCUAAUGCCGCAGGACCUCCUUCACACUGAAAGUAGCAAAA